AUGCCGGCCAAGGCCAAACGCAACUCGAGCAACCAACUUGAGAGCCUGGCCACACCCAAGAAGCCCAUCAAGCCCGGUGCAUACGGUUUGAGACAGGAUGGCUCUGUGCUGCACGCCACGCUGCCUCCUGGGAAGCCCCUCGUGUUCCUCGGGGAGGCUGUGCUCCAUGUCAUGCGAGGCAGGGCGCUCUUCAAUGGUGCGACCCUCGGCUCAGGCAGCGUCUGCUCGAUCGCUGCGGAUGCAGUGAACAGCGGCCCGCUCCUCAUCAGCCAGGCGGCCGAGGGCAAUCACUUUCCCUUUGCGCCCACGGCGUCCGUCCUCUACCUGCAGCUGCGACCCCUGCCCGCAGAGCAGCGGCUGAGCGGGGGCUUGGGGUCGACCACUGCUGCGCGCAUGGCGGACGAUGUCGGCUACCAAGCCUGGCUGCACAACGACCCCUCCGCGCCCGGCUGCCUUGCCACCCCCGACAUCUGGUCGCAGGCGGUGGAGGAGAUGGCGGGCCUGGCCUACCCUGGGGCCGUGUACGCCGUGGUGGGCUCCAAGAAGGUGGGGAAAUCCACGCUGGGCAGGCUGCUGGUCAAUGAGCUGCUGAGCACGCACAACUGCGGCCAGCCGGAGUUCGGCCCGCCCGGCCUGGUGUCGCUGAGCCUCGUGUCCCGUCCCCUGACGGGCCCGCCCUUCCUGCACCCGGCCCACCCCCCGCUGGCCUCCUACUUCGUGGGAGACGUGUCCCCCGCCAGCCACCCCCAGCGCUACGCGGCCUGCGUGGCGGCGCUGCGCGCCGCGCUCGGCGCGCUGGCCCCCGACGCGCCGCUGCUGGUCAACACCCAUGGCUGGACGCGCGGCGCGGGGCUGGAGGCGCUGCGCGAUCUGCUCGCCGCCGCGCGCCCGGCCUGCGGCGGGGCCCUGGCCCAUGGCGCGGCGCCGGGCGACGCGCUCGCCGCGGCCGUGCCGUACGAGGCGGCCUGGGACGACCUGCGCCUGGAGUCCCUCUUCACGCGGCCCCUCGCCGCCGACCAGGCUGCGCGCGCACUGAACUGCAGCGUGGUCGGGCUGUGCUGCAGCGGGGCGCCUCCUGGUGGCGGCGGGGGGGGGGGCGAGGCGGAUGGGGGUUGCAGAGCCGCAGGAACGGAUGGCGAUGGCUCGGAGGGCGCCCGGGCGCAGUGUGCAUCACGAGAAGACGCAGUGCCGCUGCUUGCCGAGGCUGCAGUACGAGCACCGAGAGCCCCCCGCACCCUGCUGGGGCCGCGCUGCCUGGGCGUCGGCAUCGUCCGGGCCGUGGACGGCGAGCGGCGGCGGGUGCUGCUGCUCGCCCCCCUGCCGCCCGCUGAGCUGGCGGGGGUGGACACCCUGCAGCUGGGGCGGCUGGAGCUGCCGGGGCCGCUGCUGCAGACACCCGGCGCCCGGGCCCCCUACAUGUCCGUGCACUGCCUGCCCACCCUGGGCACGGGGGCGGGCGCCAUCCGGAGCCGGAACAACCUGGCCCGGGCGCGGCAGGCGGACCGGGGCGACUGA